GCAAUGGAUAAAGGAAACAUUGCUGACGAAAAGGGCCAACAAGUGAUCAACGAUGUUAAAACGCCUAGAAAUGAUAAGACUGGUCCCAGGCGGCUGCUCAGGACACCAAAAUGCGCUCGAUGUAGAAACCACGGUGUAGUUUCUUGCCUGAAAGGCCACAAGCGGUCAUGUAGAUGGCGCGACUGCACGUGCCCAAAUUGUCUUCUGGUUGUCGAGAGACAGAGAGUAAUGGCGGCACAAGUUGCUCUACGGCGGCAUCAAGCGUCUGAGAAUGCGGAGUUGAUGAAGGAAAAGGUUGAAAUAGCAUCGAGCCUACUCAGUCACCGGAAGUCCGUGCAACGAAGUGUCCGACAGCUAAAACUGGGUACAAUACAGCAUGGCGGAGGUACUACAGGCAAGCAUCUACACAGAUCAAGUACCAAACCGGACGCACUGAGUGACAGAUUACGAAAAAGGCGUUGUUUUGCAGACGAAGAGCUUGACCGCACUAUAUCCAUCGCAACACGUGGAUUUGAACGCACGCCACCAGGGAAUUACUCUGUUGGUUCAACUAGCCUACAGCGAAACAUACCGGUAACUGAGCGUGUUCUCAACAAUACCAUACCUCAGACAGUGAACCUCAAUCGAAUUCUACCUCGUGCAUCCUCGUGCUUCAAUGUACCUAUUCACGUGCAAAAACAAACCCGGUGUACAGAUUCUGCAGGUGAAUACAUGCGCGAAAUGUUAACUGGUACCAAGCUUCGAAAGCUUGAAUUCGUGUGGCCGAAUGGAGAUGGGUGUGCUGAAAACAUGUUUCAAAAUCCGCUCCUUUUUGUUCCUGGACAAACGCCGUGGUCUGGAUUUAGUGCACGUUUACCGAAUUGGAAAACAGCUUUUAUACAAAGUUACAAGGAAAAGGAUGUGCAUCCUAGUACAUUAGUGAAAAAACGUGAAAACAAAGAGAAAGCAAAAUCGAGGGAAUUUCCGGUAAAACUUUCAAACAUUUCCUGCUCAUCCGAGUGCCAAAAUGCGUCUUCCAAACUGCAGGAUCUAAAGUUUUCUAUUUCAUCUAUUUUGGGUUUAAAGGAGUAACUAAGUACUAAACUCUUCCUUACAUAAAGGAAGCGGAGUUACUCUUACCGCAGACGCUAGGCUAUCAAAUAGUUAAAAAAAUGAAGUGUGGUAUUUAAUCGGAAAGUUGUUACAUCAUUGUACAAUAAAACU